AUGAAACAACUGAAUAUGGAAUCCCACCUGAGUAUCAAAAGCAACAGACCCCAUUGUCCACCAAGGAUACCAAAGAUAGCUUCAAAUGGAUUCAAAGCGCCAACCAUUUCAGCUCCACCAAACGGACCCACUGUGCCAAUGAUCUCAGCACAACCACCUCCAAACACUGUGCUAACGCCAAUGAUUUCAGCACAACCACCUCCAAACACUGUGCUAACGCCAAUGAUUUCAGCACAACCACCUCCAAACACUGUGCUAACGCCAAUGAUCUCAGCACAACCACCUCCAAACACUGUGCUAACGCCAAUGAUUUCAGCACAACCACCUCCAAACACUGUGCUAACGCCAAUGAUUUCAUCACCUCAAUCUCCAUUGACCCCUAGAUACCCAGACUCUCCUAUAAUUGGCUUACGUAAAGUUCUGGCACCAUUGAUAGAGCAUAAAAAGACCCCUACAUCCCAAAAAACUAAAACACGGUCAACAUAUUACGGACUGACUCCGGCUGAGUAUGUUGCCUAUGGUGGGAUCCGGACAUACUACGGUCCUUCUGGACCUAAAGCUAACAAAUCAACACCAUCACCACCCACAGCACAGACUAAUGGAUUACCAAAUGGGCCUCGUCCUCCUUUCAUCUCUAAACCUGAAACAUCCCCCGUAGGAUCAAACACACCCAGCAGAGAACAACAGAAACCUACCUUGCAAGGGCUGCAUUCUACUGUUCCGGCACCUUCACUUUCAACACCUUUAGCUGCAACUGGCUGUUCUCAGACGCCGACGGAUAAGGCAGCCAUAUUUAAACCCAAUACAUCAGAUGUUAACAAAUCCGAAGCACCUGCUUAUGCAAUACAACCUGAUAUAACACCCGUUGUGGACAUAACAAAACCUGAACUUCUAUUGGCCCUCGGACAGUUAACUCUUCCACCAGCCACCAGUGAAGUCCCCACACCAAUGGCCUCUCAUUCUGAGGUUCCAAGACGGGCACAUAAAGCAGGUGUGGUACACACAACCAGACCAGCUCCAUUUCAGCUAAAUGAAACUCCUUCAUUCCCGAUGGGUAGGAAUGUUGUGUCAAAGUCGCUGUUUCCUUUCAGCAUUCCAAAUGCUGAAGUUUCACAAAAUUCAACUGUAGCAAAUAUUCCCCGACACAGUGGAAAGUCAGAGGCAGAUCCCACAGUCAUGCAUCUUUCUAUCAAGGCUAAUAUUAGCACAGACACUAAACUACCCAGAAAACCUGUCAUAGGAGUCCCCAACAACCCUGAUAUCGGAAGCCAACUCCCCAGCCAACCUACCACAGCAACUAUACUACCAGGCAAGCCUACCAUAGACACCAAACUACCUAGCAAGCCUAGUGUGCCAACCAUAAGAACUCAACUCUCUCAUACACCUACUAUUGAAACAUCUACCAUUGAAACAGGAACCCAAGUCCUCACCAAACCUACUAUAGAAAACCAACAUUCAUGCACACCUAUCACUGGAACUAAACUUCCUAGCCCACCUACCAAAAUAGCACAACUUCCCAGCCCACCUAUCAUAGUAGCCCAACUUCCCAGCCCACCUAUCAUAGUAGCCCAACUUCCCAGCUCACCUAUCAUAGCAGCUCAACUUCCCAGCCCACCUAGCAUAGUAGCCCAACUCUCUAGCACGCCUAGCAUAGAAGCCCAACUCCCCAACGAGCAUUUAAUAGAACCUGUACAACCUGGCAAGUCUACUCCAGAAAAUAUUCUGCCCAGUAUCAUGCAGUACCAUGCAAACCGUACUAGGAAGCAUUUUGUAGAAACCAACUCCCACAAAGCAAUUGAAUGCAGACAAUCUACAAAAUCUACCAUUGAUGAAAAACCUUCCACCAAGUCCACUACUGAAACGAGAUUCACAGCCAGCUCUGCGAACGAAGGUAAACAAUUUACAAACCCUAUUGUAGCAAAUGGAGCUUGGCUGAAACCAUCCCUAGAGCCUACACGUACUAACUCAACUAUCAUAAGUGCACAGCCAUCCACAGAAAUUAGAUCCCCAAUAAGCCCUACUUUACAAGCUAAGCAUUUUACAAAGCCUGUUAACAACAAUAGUUCCUCUCCAAAACAUGUCCCACAUACUAACAGGCCUAUAAUAAUUGUACAACCUCCCACACCUCCCAUAAUAGAGGCCGUACCUCCCUCAACCCCUGCUUUAGAAACUAAACCCUUUACAAAAUAUGUUGCAGAAGCUAAAGCCUCACCAAAAUCCCUUGAACCUGUCUGGGCUAAUAUAACUACCAUAAAUGAACAACCUUCAACAAAACCUACCGCAGACUCUUUUAGCCCUACUAUUGAAGCUAAACCCUUUAUGGAGCCCGUCGUAGAAGCUAGCGCCUCCCCAAAACCGGUCUCAGUGCUUCCUAACAAAGCUACCAUAAAAGUCCUACCUUCUACACCGCCACGUAGACAUAACAGACCAUGGUCAACAACACCUAUGGAACCUAAAGCUGUUACAGAACCUAACCAUGCAACAAAUAAGCCUACCGUAAAUGUACAACCUUCGACAACACCUACUAGAGAAACUAGACCCUGCUUCAGCCCUACUGUUGAAGCUAUACCCAUUAUACAGCACAAUAUGGAAACCAGAGUCUUUGCUAAAUCACCCCCAGAGCCUAAAGCAGCUAACAUGCCUACUGUAUAUGUACAACCUUCAACAAAACCUACUAGAGAAACUAGACCCUGCUUCAGCCCUACUGUUGAAGCUAUACCCAUUAUACAGCACAAUAUGGAAACCAGAGUCUUUGCUAAAUCAUCCCCAGAGCCUAAACCAGCUAACAAGCCUACCGUAUAUGUACCACCUUCAACAGAACCUACUAGAGAAACUAGACCCUGCUUCAGCCCUACUGUUGAAGCUAUACCCAUUAUACAGCACAAUAUGGAAACCAGAGUCUUUGCUAAAUCACCCCCAGAGCCUAAACCAGCUAACAUGCCUACUGUAUAUGUACCACCUUCCCCAAAGCCCAUAGAAAUAGAAACCACCUUAAGCCCUUUUAUUGAAGGUAAACCCUUUCCACAGAAUAAUAUGGAAACUAGAGACUUCACAAAACCUGCACCAGAACCUAAACCAGCUAACAAGCCUACCAUACAUGUACAACCUUCAACAACACCUACUAUAGAAAGUAGAUCCUGCUUCAGCCCUACUGUUGAAGCUAGACCUGCUGCAAAGGUUAUGGCAUCAAGAAGUUGCUUUAGUCCCACUAGACCUUGGUUAAACCCUUCUACUGAAGCUAAACCCUUGACGAAGCAUGACAUUGAAGCUAUUGCCUCCCUAAAACCGACACCAGAGCCUAAAUCGACUAACACCACUUCCACAAAGCCUGCUAUAGAACGUAUAUCGUCCCCAACCCCAACCGCUGCCGUAGACACUGUGAUAAAACUACCUGCCGUUACCAAAGUGAUUGACUGUUCCAAUCCUGCCUCUCUGCCUCAGGCCUCAGCCUCUGUAAAAUCCCUGCCCACAAACAGAGGAAUGUCAUCGCCAUCUCAGCCAAAGACUGGACAGACAGAGACAGACACAAUGGAAGAUGUGGAAGCCAAUGCAUCAGGUGCACAGGGGAAAGCAGCCAGACGUCAAGAGACACCCUGUACGAAGCCUACGAUAUCAACUGCAUCUUCGACUGUUGACAAUGUAGACAAAGUAGACAAGCCCCAAGCUCCAACAGCUAAACCUAGCCUUGCUAACGCUGCACUGAAUGCAAUGAAACCUAAAAGUAUGAAGACCAUGUUCAGUGGCUGGUCGCGCCUCAAAAAACACAUGGUCGUUGAACCAGAGGAACCUCAGUUCCCGGAGCCAGAGCCCGAAUCUGUCAGCAGGGAUGGCGCCAUCUACAGUAAGAACACUGACCAGGCCAAAUCCAGUCAAGCUUCUUCAGCAAAAGUCAAAGACCACUCUGAGAAGGGCAAAGAAGUGCUGAAGGAGACAGAGGCGCCCAGAGCAAUGAAGAUGUGGGACGCCAUGCUCUUCCACAUGUUCUCUACCAAGGAAGCAAUCAUGCAGCAGAUCAAAGCUAGCAAAGCUCCCGACGGUUCCGACAAGAAGAAAGACCAGAGAGAGCAGACCAAUAAGACACGGAAAGUCAAUCAGCAGAAAGAGAACGAGAUGGAGGUCGUCCCCUCUUUUGCCAGUCGCUUGCCGCUCCUCCUCUACAGUCCGCGCUUUGAUGCCAGAAAGAUUAAAGAGGCUGCAGAGAAGCCGCUGGUGAAGAUGUCAGCUGUGUUCCAGAGGGGGCUGAUUAACCGCAAAAAUCAGGACGGGGAAGGGAAGGACUUUAAUAAAACUGCCAGGGGAUUCGGUUCCUCAAGAACAACUGAUGUCUGACUUUGAACUCCACACACACCAGAACAUUGCUGCUCGAUCUUCUCAUUAAGUAGAUGAAUAAACCUCAAUAGAUUGAUUUCAGUUAUCAUAUAGCUAGAGAUCUGUAUGUUAAAUAAGCUUCUGAUCAAGGGCUGCAGUGCAGUAGGCUAUGCCAGGAUAUUUACUUCAAUAUGGUGUUUAAACUACGAUUUUUAACUAUGAUCAUGAGCUUUUAAGACAAUGAUGUUGGAUGCAUGCAGACGGCUCAUUACAUCUUUCUUGCGCCAUAGAACGAUGUUGUAUUUUUUUUAAGCAUUGCUUGUGUCUUAGUCUUAGAGUGUUCACCCUGGGUGAGGUUAGGAGUAGAGUGUCUGAUGACAGUGUGUAAUAAAUAGGGCUUGUACAUUCCUGGAUUGAUGCAACGGAAGGGCAUUGGAUGACAGAGCAGUGUAGCUGUGAGAGAGGUGGAGCCUAGCUAGAGGUGGAGCCUAGCUAGAUGUGGAGCCCAGCUAGAGGUGGAGCCUAAUUAGAGGUGGAGCCUAGCUAGAGGUAGAGCAUUAUUAGAGGCUGGGCCUAGUUAGAGGUGGAGCCUAGCUAGAGGCGGAGCCUAGCUAGAUGUGGAGGCUAGCUAGAUGUGGAGCCUAGCUAGAGGUGGAGCCUAGCUAGAGGUGGAGCCUAGCUAGAGGUGGAGCCUAGCUAGAGGUGGAGCCUAGCUAGAGGCGGAGCCUAGCUAGAGGUGGAGCCUAGCUAAUAGGGGUAUAUACACCAGACUCGAGGGAGAACUCUAACUUUGAACUUAACACCAUAAAAUGUGACUGCAUGCAACGUUUUUAAAGUCAGUGGAAGUUUUCCCUCUGGUGUUUAUAACUCUAUAGUGGAGCUAUGGGAGGGGCACAGCUACAAAAGUUGGACAUACAGGGGGAGAAGGUGUGGCUUCAAUAGAAGGCAGCAGAAGGAUACGUAGGCCCGACUGGAAAUGACAACACAAAAACAGUUGGUUUGAAAAGCACUUUCAGUUUGCAGGUUGGUUGAAAAUAUAUUUAAAUAGCAAACUAAAUGUAUUAAUGUCAUGUCAAAUGUCCCGUAGGAGGAGGGAGACAGUUUUUAGAUAUGUUGGAGAUUCUCUGAGCAGAAGAAAGGGCAGAGAAAAAACAGAUGGACAUGUAUCCUUAUGGGACGUGAUGAUAGGACAUGGAUCCUUAUGGGACAUGAUGAUAGGACAUGGAUUGCUUUGUGAUGAAUGUCUUCAAUGGUGCAGAAUGGAUAAGAAUGAAGGAAUGUAAGAUAAAGGUGCUUCAUGCAAUAAACUACAGAAGGGUCAUCGUGAUACAGGAAGCUGUGUAAUAAACUACAGAAGGGUCUUUGUGAUACAGGAAGCUGUGUAAUUAACUACAGAAGGGUCAUCGUGAUACAGGAAGUUGUGUAAUAAACUACAGAAGGGUCUUCGUGAUACAGGAAGUUGUGUAAUAAACUACAGAAGGGUCUUCGUGAUACAGGAAGCUGUGUAAUAAACUACAGAAGGGUCAUCGUGAUACAGCAAGCUGUGUAAUAAACUACAGAAGGGUCUUGGUGAUACAGGAAGCUGUGUAAUAAACUACAGAAGGGUCAUCGUGAUACAGGAAGCUGUGUAAUAAACUACAGAAGGGUCAUCGUGAUACAGGAAGCUGUGUAAUAAACUACAGAAGGGUCAUUGUGAUACAGGAAGUUGUGUAAUAAACUACAGAAGGGUCAUCGUGA